CAGCUCUUGCUCUGUUUUCCUUAAUGAUAAAAAAACAAAAGAUGAGGAAAAAUGCAAAUUUGUUGGUUUUGUCUCUAAUUUUCAUGUUUUUCUUUUGUGGGUUAUCCUCAGUUUCAGCUAAACCUCCUCCUGUUAAGAUUGUAAGUGGACUUGUGACAAAUGUAGCAUCAAUGCUCUGGAAAUGGUUAUGGUCUCUUCAAACAUCAACAACCACAACGACCACCACAAAAUCUGGUGUUUCUAGUCGUUCCAUGGUGAAAUAUGAAAGUGGAUAUAACAUAGAGACAGUGUUUGAUGGAAGUAAGCUUGGGAUUGAGCCCUAUGCAAUUGAAGUUUCUUCUAAUGGUGGAGAGCUUAUUGUCUUGGAUUCUGAAAACAGUAAUAUCCACAAAAUAUCCAUGCCUCUUUCUAGAUAUGGUAAACCAAAGCUAGUCUCUGGUUCACAAGAAGGCUACACAGGACACGUCGAUGGGAAGCUCAAAGAAGCAAAAAUGAAUCGUCCUCGAGGAUUAGCUAUCGACGGCAGUGGGAACAUCUACGUCGCAGAUACUAACAAUAUGGUCAUACGCAAGAUCAGCGACGACGGAGUCUCAACCAUCGCCGCUGGAGGAAGAUGGAGCGGUGGAUCUAAAGAAGAGUCGAUGAGAUUCUCUGAUGACUUUGAUUUGAUAUACGUCUCUUCAAGCUGCUCUCUUUUAGUCAUUGAUCGAGGGAAUCAAAUGAUUAGAGAGAUUCAGCUUCACGAUCACGACUGCUCUCAUCAAGAACCUGACACUGAUGAUAGUCUCCAUCUUGGAACCGCUUUGCUCGUAGCUGCUAUGUUCUUUGGAUAUAUGUUUGCAUUAUUAGUACGUAGAGUACGAUCGUUGUUCUCUUGGUCACGUCAUGAUAGUAAAAAGUAUGUAGCAAAACAGAACAUGAAAAUGGCUCCAUAUCAACGCUAUCCAAGACCGGUUCGACAACCCUUAAUCCCACCUCAACACGAACCGGAAAAGGAAGAAGGAUUUCUCGGUUCGCUUGGAAAGCUAGUGGUGAAAACCGGUUCUUCGGUUUCCGAGAUGAUGUCCGGUUCUAGAAAUGUAAUCCCACCAAACUUUCAUCAGUACCACCAUCAGCAAGAACAGAAUCAGUGGCCGGUACAAGAGAGCUUUGCUAUACCAGAAGAAGAUGGACCACCGGCCUUAGAACCACGAUCAGGUACAAAUCCGGAUAAACCAUACCUUAGAGCACAAUCAACAAACCAAAACCGGUCUUAUUACCAAGACUAUGACCAAUACCAAAACCAGCAGAAACGAAACGCCAACGAUGCGACGUCGUUCGAAGACAACCGAGAGAAGAACGAGAUCGUGUUUGGGGCAGUUCAGGAGCAGGACGGUCGCCGAGAAGCAAUGGUGAUCAAGGCCGUUGAUUUCAACGAAGCCGUGAACGAUCAGCGAAAUCUACGUCCUAGAAUUAAUUAUAUGGGAUACUCUUCUCAAGUUUACUGAUCACGCAAAGUCAAAACUUUCAUAAUUCACAUAGAUCAGAGUGUGUGUAAGUGUAAUAUAUAUAUUGCUUAUGUUUUACUAGUCCUACGUUAAUGUAGUAUAUAUGAAAGAUACUUUAAAAUCAAACAGUAUGCUUAAUCAUAA